UGACGGCCAGCCAAUCAGCUGCUCCUCCUCCCGCGAUUCGUAGCGAAUGUGACGAUUGGGUUUGAUGUGACGACGGAGGUAAAACAUUUUACAAAAUGUGGCGUUAAAGGGGCAUUCAAAGCUGUGUUACACUUAAACAAACUACAGCCAAGUCAGAGCGAUGGAGGUGAACCGGUUCGACUUCUACAUCGGCCUCUCUCUGGCUGUGAGCUCCAGUUUUUUUAUCGGUUCAAGUUUCAUCUUGAAGAAGAAAGGCCUGCUGCGAUUGGCCAGCAAAGGGUCUAUGCGAGCAGGUCAAGGAGGACAUGCUUACCUGAAAGAAUGGCUCUGGUGGGCAGGACUAAUUUCAAUGGGAGCUGGAGAGGCUGCUAACUUUGCCGCAUAUGCAUUUGCACCAGCCACACUCGUGACUCCUCUUGGAGCAUUGAGUGUACUUGUCAGUGCCAUGCUGUCCUCUUACUUUCUGAAUGAGAGGUUGAAUGUGCAUGGGAAGAUUGGUUGUUUGCUUUGCGUCUUGGGCUCCACCGUCAUGGUUAUCCAUGCACCACAGGAAGAAGAGGUGGCUUCCCUCACUGCCAUGUCUCAGAAGCUCUUAGAUCCAGGUUUCAUUGUGUUUGCUGUGUGCGUUGUGGGAAGCAGCCUGAUUCUUAUCUUUGCUGUGGCUCCUCGUUUUGGACAGAAGAAUGUGCUGGUCUACAUCCUGAUCUGCUCUGUGAUUGGCUCCCUCUCUGUGUCUUGUGUCAAGGGUCUGGGCAUUGGCAUUAAGGAGCUGUUUGCCGGGACAGCAGUGCUGAAGGAACCCUUGUUCUGGGCCCUAGUCAUCUGCCUGGUAAUCUGUGUCAGCCUUCAAAUCAACUACCUGAACAAAGCCCUUGACAUAUUUAACACGUCACUAGUGACUCCUAUUUAUUACGUCUUCUUCACCACAUCUGUCAUGGCCUGCUCAGCAAUCCUCUUCAAGGAAUGGUUAAGAAUGACUGUUGAUGGAAUAGUGGGAACAAUCAGUGGGUUCCUCACCAUCAUUUUGGGAAUUUUUCUCCUCCAUGCCUUUAAGGACAUUACAUUUACCUGGGAUUCCCUUCCACUUUAUCUGAGGAAAGGUCCUCAGGGCUUUCCAUGGGGCCAGCAGCCAUACUUGGCUCUUCCCAGCCAUGACUUACAAGCAGAUGAGUUGAAUCUGCCCAGAGGAGGAAGCUUAAAUGGGGGGUGGGGUAUGCACCAAAGAGCACCUUAAGGAGGACCACUAUCCUUAUUAUUACCAUAUAAUAUUAAUUCUAAAACUUUAAUGCAUAUCACAGCAUUAUAGUCCAUCUUACAAAAAGAACUCAAUGGAUGAGCAAGGAAGCUUUAAAAUGAGUGUAAUGCUACCGGUACA